CUAACGCCAAACCAAUCAAACCAAACCAUAAGUCACUUUUUUUUCUCAGUUUGAUUUGGUUUGUCCAUUCAGUUUGACUUGACAGUUUGGUCUGUACACCCCUAGUUAUUAUAGGUAGAAUAUCAUUGCAUAGAAGUAAAACAUAAAAAUCAAUUUUAGAGAAAAUCAGGCCACAAUAAUAAAAUGUCGUUAUGAUGAGGUGAAAUUAGACAGAUUUCUAAUAUUUCGUUCUAUUAGUGUCAUAUGUGAUAGCAAGUUUAGUUUAUGUUAUGAUAUUUUCAAUAUAUGUUUAACUAUAGAAACUGACUUAUAAAUACUCUAUAAGUAAUCAUAUUUUACAGUGUAUAUAGUCUUAACUCGUUACCAAAAGCUUCAUUUUUCCUUUCUUUGAUCCCCAACAAAAAAAAAAAAAGAAAAAAAAAAUUGGCGUGGAAUAUGAUUAGGCCAACCAGUCAGCAUGGCAUGUGAAUAACUCUAAAACUCUUCCUUUCAGACCUAACAAAAACCAAACAUUUGAUGUAACAACAAAAGUUUAUCCUGAUUUUUGUUCCACUUAUAUAUAACUCACUCCAAUUUUUAGAUUUUUAAAAUGGGGACUCCUCGUUUGUUUUGGCUAAUCGAGUGUUUGAAUUCACUUUUAAAAGUACCUUAAAAGUUAUAAGUUGGUAUUUUUUACUUUUGACUUGUUGUAAUACUUUUUAAAUCUAAAAUGAGUCCUUUUUAACUUUCUCAAACACCAUCAAAAUAAAAAAAUAAAAAAUAAAAAUAAAAAAUACCUAAAAAUAAGUCAAUUCAAACAGCCAUAUUAACUUAUACAUUAUUCUCAAACUUGUAACAUUUAUUUAUAGUAAAUAAAAUACAUUAUUUCUUUUCUUGUGCUCUCAGAAGUGUUUAUAUAUAUAUUUGGACCUUGUUAGUAACGUGUGUUUCCCUCGUAUUAACCGGUUCCUGUCACAAAGUUAUAUGUUUAACGUUCUUGAAAAUGGGAUUGUUACCUUAAAUUUGACAAAGUCUGUCUUGCAUUUCUGCUUUGUUUAACUGAGAUAUGGAUCCUUCACUCAGCCCUGUGUCCAUUCAUUUUGCUAUUAAGAAAGAAACAUGGAGGCGUACCAUUGUUCUAUCAUUUCAAAGCCUGGGAGUAGUAUAUGGUCGAUUAAGCACUACUCCCUUGUAUGCAUUCGGUUCGAUUGAUCCUAGCCAUAUCAAAUCAGGACAGCAGAUAUAUGAACUCUUCUCCUUUGUCUUUUGGACAUUAACAAUCAUUCCCUUGUUGAAAUAUGCCUUUAUAAUCUUCAAGGCUGAUGACAACGGAGAAGGUGGUACAUUUGCUUUGUAUUCAUUACUUUGUAGGCGCGCCAAUGUAGGGCUGCUUCCGAGUGAUGUAAGUGCUACGGAUCUUAUGCAGCAAGAGGAAUUAGGAACCCCUUCUAAAAUGAAGGUGGAAUCAAGGGCAAGAAGAGCGAUCGGAAGAUAUAAAAGCAGUCACUACUUGAUCUUACUUUUGGCUUUGCUUGGUUCCUGUCUGAUAAUCUGUGAUGGAAUUUUUACCCCUGCUCUUUCCAUUUUAUCAGCAACGUCAGAUCUGAGACGCUCCUUGUCAAAAUUGGCACCACGAUUUACCUCUUCAGAAAAGGCAAGAGAAUCAGUUGACAAGUAUUUAAAAAAAUUUAUACCAGUUCCAGUAGCAUGUGCCAUCUUGGUUUGCCUUUUCAUGCUGCAACGUUAUGGGACAAACAGAAUCGGUGUCAUCUUUGCUCCAAUUGUUAUCAUAUGGCUCAUGUUUAUAAGUGGAUUCGGCUUAUACAACAUCAUUCAUCAUCCCCAAAUCCUCUGGGCGAUAUCCCCAACAUACAUGUUUAGGUUCAUCAAGAAAAUAGAUACCACAAGUUGGAAACUCCUAAGCAGCAUUGUCUUAUGCGUAGCAGGUUCAGAGGCAAUGUUUGCUGAUUUAGGUCAUUUUUCAAAGCGAUCUAUUAAGGUUACUUUUAUCUUCUUCGUAUAUCCAGCACUUGUAUUAUGUUAUGCUGGUCAAGCAGCAUUUUUUUCCAAGUACCUUGGCACUUCAGAUGACGUUGCUCAUCUAAGUGAAUCUGUGACACAUAGACACCUUCAGCAUAUAUUCACAAUUUUGUCCCUUUUUGCUUCCCUCGUGGGUAGCCAAGCUACGAUUACUGCAGGUUUUUCCAUCAUAAACCAGUGCCAAGCACUUGCUUGCUUCCCGAGAGUCAAGGUUAUCCACACAUCAGAUAAAGUGCGCGGACAGGUUUAUGUUCCUGAUGCAAAUUGGAUGCUCAUGGUCCUUAGCCUGUCAAUCUUGAUAGGUUUUCACAACAUCUCAGCUAUUGCAAACGCUACAGGUUUAGCUGUUAUUUGUGGAAUGCUAGUGACAACUUGUCUUAUGUCACUAAUUAUAGCACUGCAAUGGGAGAAGAAUGUUGUGGCUCUCUCUGUGUUGUUUCUGUUAUUCUUUGGUUCGAUUGAGGCAUUAUACCUAUCGUCCUGUUUCUUGAACUUUAUCAAGGGAGCUUGGAGCGUUGUUCUUCUGUCGUUGAUUCUUAUGACAAUCAUGGUCUCUUGGCACUAUGGUACUAUCAAAAAGUAUGAAUUUGACGUAGAGAACAGGGUGACCGUGGACUGGCUGACAGACCUAAGUCCCGGACUUGGAGUUUCUAGAGUGCCCGGCAUUGGAUUCAUUCACAGUAACAUUGUGACGGGUAUCCCAGCCUUUUUCUCCCAUUUCAUCACCAACCUCCCUGCAUUCCAUCAAGUGCUGAUCUUACUGUCCUUCAAGUCAUUGCCCGUGCCAUACAUGCCCAAAAAUGAACGAUACCUCAUUGGCAGGAUCGGUCACAAGGAGUACAAGAUAUAUAGGUGCAUUGUUCGAUAUGGAUAUCGUGAUCAUGUUAGGGAUGUUAAUGACUUCGAGGAUCAGAUUAUUAGAUCGAUAGGUGAGUUCAUCUCCAGAGAGGAACGACAUCACGAAGCCUUGGUGUUACAAGAGGGAAGAAUGAUAAUUCUGGGGACUAAUGGAAAUGCAUUGGUCCCGGUUAUCGGAGGUGAAAGUUGUCAACAAGCAACAGAUAUUGAAAAUCCUACUAGUACAACAAGGAGAAAAAGAGUUAGAUUUAUGUUGCCUGCAAUUAGUCCAAAGAUGAAUCCAUCAGUAAGAAAGGAACUUCAAGAACUUGUUGAUGCAAGGGAAAGUGGCACUGCCUAUUUUUUGGGGCAUUCACAAUUGAAAGUACGUAAAGGGUCCAAUUUUGUGAAGCAAUUUCUGGUGAUGGCUUAUGCUUUUUUUGAUAGAAAUUGUAGAGAGGUUCCAAUAGCAUUAGACAUUCCUCAUGCUGCUCUUUUGGAAGUUGGAAUGGUGUACACAAUAUAAAAAUAAUUUGCAAUUGAAGAAAUAAAUAUGUUUUGGUCUAGAUAUAGUAGAGAACUGAGAAUUCAAAGUUUGCCUAUUUAUAUGCUCCACAAAUAUGAUUACAUGUGAAGUUAGAACAAAUUUUUGAAAAAAUAUGGACACCUUGGUUCAUGGAAUUUCAUGCAACCAACGAACUUUAUGUUGGG